GACCUCGAUUGUCUCGCUCUUCACUUUCUUUGAUUCAACCAUUGCAUUUCAUAAUGCCGGGUCUGGAGGUCUGGUUCCGGGAUUGGAUUUCACAUGAACAAUCUCAGAUUCUUGUUUCCGAUCCGGAUUCGGUUUUAUUUGCUAAUGGAGGAUUAUUUCUGGAACCGACCAUUCCUUCUUCAUUUGUGCAUUUGAUUUCUUUGAGGAGUUCUUCUACCGGUGUUUCGAGUUCAUUUGAUUGUUCUUCUGUUCAUCGUCGGAAACAGGUGGUUUUAGGGGGUUGCCGGCGAGAAAGAAGGGUUCCAGAGGCGUUUGGAGGUGGGUUUUUGUCGGUGAGCUUGAGAAGUGAUGGAUUUGCACAAGAGUCAACGGGAUGUUUGGUCCGAAACGGAGAUAAGGGCUCCGAGGAGGCGGCCAGAUUCCAGGGAGGUAACGUGGUCGUUGAGGAAGGUGAGAAACAGGAUGAAGUUAGGGUAGGGGGUACGAGUGCGAUGAACACCACGAAGCAUCUAUGGGCGGGUGCCCUUGCCGCCAUGGUUUCAAGAACUUUUGUUGCCCCGCUGGAGAGACUAAAGCUGGAAUAUAUAGUUCGUGGUGAACAGAAGCAUUUAUUUGAGCUCAUCAAGACAAUUGCUAGCUCUCAAGGCUUGAGAGGCUUUUGGAAGGGGAAUUUUGUGAACAUUCUUCGAACUGCUCCAUUUAAGGCAGUUAAUUUUUAUGCUUAUGACACAUACAGAAAGCAACUGCUCAAAUUUUCUGGAAAUGAGGAAACCACAAAUUUUGAGAGGUUUAUUGCUGGUGCUGCAGCUGGAAUUACUGCUACCAUACUCUGCUUACCAUUGGAUACCAUCCGGACCAAGAUGGUGGCACCUGGUGGUGAAGCCUUGGGUGGUGUUAUUGGCACUUUCCGCCAUAUGAUCCAAACUGAAGGAUUCUUCUCCCUUUACAAGGGUUUGGUGCCUUCCAUUAUAAGUAUGGCACCUUCAGGUGCAGUUUUCUAUGGUGUGUAUGAUAUAUUGAAAUCAGCUUACUUGCAUUCACCAGAAGGCAGGAAAAGAAUUCAGAACAUGAGCCAACAGGGCCAAGAACUGAAUGUGUUAGACCAGCUAGAGUUGGGACCAAUCAGAACAUUGCUGUAUGGGGCUGUUGCUGGUGCUUGUGCAGAAGCUGCCACCUACCCUUUUGAAGUUGUGAGGAGACAGCUUCAACUGCAAGUCCAGGCAACUAAGUUGAGUGCAUUGGCAACUUGUGUCAAGAUAGUCGAACAUGGAGGUGUUCCAGCUCUCUAUGCAGGACUUAUUCCCAGCUUACUACAGGUACUACCUUCAGCUUCGAUAAGUUAUUUUGUUUACGAGUUCAUGAAGAUUGUUCUCAAAGUGGAAUGAGUUCAAUGAUCAGAGAUAUAGACCCUUUUGGGUCAAAAUGAUAGGGGUUGGGUGUUACUCAAGGAUGAGCACUGGACAGAUUUUGAAUGGUAAGGUAAGGCUGAGUCAUUUACAUCAUCAAUUAACCUUCAAUAUUCUCUUUCCCACUGCAAAGAAGAAGAAUACAAUGAACUUCUGCAGUGCCUCAAAACUCAUUUCUUCCAAUUCAAAGUCUUCGGCCUCUACACUGUCAUUUGUAAAUCUAUCCUUUUAUCAGCUACUAAUAUUUUGAUUUCAUAUUUCCGAAACUUGAUUUUGAUCCUUAGGAGCCAAUUUUUGUCUUAGGGUCGAAUAUAUUCACCAUCAAAAAGUUAUAUGAGCUAUCAUCAAUGCAAGUACAAUUAAUUGUAGUGCGGGUGGAUGAGUCCCAAGUCAGAUUUGAGAGUUACUUUUCUUUGUCUUUCUUUUUGUUUAGGAUCAUUCUUUUCUUUUCUUUUUUUUGAUUGGGUGUGAGAUGGAAUUAAUCCAAUUAUGUAGGAUUCCAGGGAUUAUAUUUGAUUGUGGAUCACACAUACUAAAUCCAGGUCUGAAUUUUUUUAUAGCUGUAUUGAAUUUGAUUCCUGAUUAAACUACUUUGAUUUUUGCUUAA